GGCGGGCGGCUUCGAGUUCUCGCCGGGCACGCUGCAGGUGUACUCGGACAGCCUGCUCACGCUGCCGGCCGCCGUGGGCAUCGGCGGGGGCGGCGGCCUCCUGCUCCUGGUCAUCGUCGCCGUCCUCAUCGCGUACAAGCGCAAGUCGCGCGACGCCGACCGCACGCUCAAGCGGCUGCAGCUGCAGAUGGACAACCUCGAGUCGCGGGUGGCCCUCGAGUGCAAGGAAGCCUUCGCGGAGCUGCAGACGGACAUCCACGAGCUGACCAACGACCUGGACGGCGCGGGCAUCCCCUUCCUCGACUACCGCACCUACGCCAUGCGGGUGCUGUUCCCCGGGAUCGAGGACCACCCCGUGCUCAAGGAGAUGGAGGUGCAGGCGAACGUGGAGAAGUCGCUGGCGCUGUUCGGGCAGCUGCUGAGCAAGAAGCACUUCCUGCUGAGCUUCAUCCGCACGCUGGAGGCGCAGCGCAGCUUCUCGAUGCGCGACCGCGGCAACGUGGCCUCGCUGGUGAUGACGGCGCUGCAGGGCGAGAUGGAGUACACCCUGAACUGCGUGAACCCCGAGAACGAGAACGCGCCCGAGGUGCCCGUCAAGGGGCUCAACUGCGACACGGUGACGCAGGUCAAGGAGAAGCUCCUGGACGCCGUGUACAAGGGCGUGCCCUACUCGCAGCGGCCCAAGGCCGGGGACAUGGACCUGGGUGAGGGGGCGGGGCUUGUCCCGGCGGGGCGGGGCCUGCCUGUCUCUGGGGGCGGGGAUUGUGGGGAAACCGAGGCAGGGCCCCGGGCGGAGCCUGACAGGCGGCGGCGGCGUUCCCCCGGGGCAGAGAGCAUGCUGCGCACGGCCAGCAGCCCGGACAGCCUGCGCUCCCGCACGCCCAUGAUCACGCCGGAUCUGGAGAGCGGCACGAAGCUCUGGCACCUGGUGAAGAACCACGACCACCUGGACCAGCGGGAGGGCGACCGCGGCAGCAAGAUGGUGUCUGAGAUCUACCUGACGCGGCUGCUGGCCACCAAGGGCACGCUGCAGAAGUUCGUGGACGACCUGUUCGAGACCAUCUUCAGCACGGCGCACCGCGGCUCGGCCCUGCCCCUGGCCAUCAAGUACAUGUUCGACUUCCUGGACGAGCAGGCCGACAAGCACCAGAUCCACGACGCGGACGUGAGGCACACGUGGAAAAGCAACUGCCUGCCCCUGCGCUUCUGGGUGAACGUGAUCAAGAACCCGCAGUUCGUGUUCGACAUCCACAAGAGCAGCAUCACCGACGCCUGCCUGUCGGUGGUGGCGCAGACCUUCAUGGACUCCUGCUCCACGUCGGAGCACAAGCUGGGCAAGGACUCGCCCUCCAACAAGCUGCUGUACGCCAAGGACAUCCCCAACUACAAGAGCUGGGUCGAGAGGUGCGCCGCCGGAAAGGGAGAGCGGCCGGCGCGCAGUGGUGAUUGA